CCUAGACACAACAAAAAUGGCACAGGGAUUUCAAAGCGUAUUUUCAAAGGCCCAGAGUGCAUCUGAGGUUAACGUUUUUAUUUCGACAUACUUGCAACCCAAUGAUUACUUCUCUAGAGCUUGCGGCGUGGCCAUUGAUGAAUUGGUGCGGUAUCUACAAACAAAAGUGUCCAAAAAUGUCCGUUCAGUGAUUAAGGGAGGAUCGCUGGGGAAAGGCACGGGACUGAGAGAUACGUCCGACAUAGACUGUGUGGUUUUCAUCAAUUAUGACGGAGACAUUCGGUCGUCCAUACAAGCCAUGAGUGGACCCUGGUUACAGAAAAUCAUUCAGAAGAUAAGGCAUUCCCUCGAAAAUCGGACGUCUCCAGACGAGUUCAAGGUUGUUGACGAGACGAGGCAUGCCGUGAAACUUCGAUACAAGAGGGGCUCUUUUACCUGUGACGUUGAUCUGCUACCUGCCAUAGAUAUUUUGGGGAAAGGUACCCCACAGCAAGUGUAUGAUGCAAUGGAAGCAGCUUCUGAAUCCAUGCGUGGGUACUGUUCAGCCUCAUUGGUACAGCUGCAAGUCGAAUUCGUAAAAUGUCAACAUCCGGUAGUAAAGGACUUGAUUCGAUUUGUUAAACACUGGAAAAAUGAGUACUUUAGGGGUUUUGCUCACAACGUAACGCUGCCGUCCUCCUAUCUCCUGGAACUCCUGUGUAUCAAGGUUUGGGAAAUGACUGGGAGACCCUGGUCCAUGGACAAAAGAAAAGGAUUAAAGGCCGUGAUGUGGUUACUGACUAAACCUAGUCAUCUCCUCGUGCAGUGGCAAAUGCACUAUUAUGACCACAGCAAUUGUCCACUACCUAAUACUAAUCGCUUGUCAGUUCGAGAUCCUGCCAACCCAUUUAAUGACCUGUGCAGUGGUUUCAGUAGCACCAGCUGGGAUACAAUAGAUUACGUGGUAAAACAAACUUUGAAAGCUCCUAUGUUCCAUGGUCUGCGCAUGGAUCCUCCUUGGGAUAUAUUCACAGACUAACCAUCUACAAAGUGCACCUUACCGA